UGCCUGUACCCUCUUCCCCAACCCGCCCUCAGUCUCUUGCACCAAGUACUCUGAACGCUCCUUUACUCCCUCGCUUCUCAUCCUGUCUGUCAACCCGCGACCCUCCUCUCUGGGCCUCUCCCCAACCCACACACCGGCUUCCUCUUUCCAUUUUCCAAACAAGUCCCGUUCCUCCCUAGCUGCGGCCCCCGGCCACCCACCCCCCAACCGUCGUCCUCCACCGCAUCCGGUUCCUGCUCUCCCAUCUCGUCGCUUGCUGUCCCCCUCCACAUCCCCGGGUUCCGGUGCCUCCACCCUCCGGCCUCAGCCUCCCUGAGGAUUUGGGGCCAGCGCGGAACUUAAGUUUCCGCGCUCAGCUCUUCCUGCUUCAGGAAGCUGGAUCAGGGAGACCUGUUGCGGGAGCUGAGUUCCUGGCUGGUUCAGUUGAGUUAAGGGUGUUCUCGGAGCAACCCCUUGGUGGCCGCUUUAUUAAGUACUGUUACCAAGCGAGUCCCUCCCUCCCUCAAACCGAGUGUGAGGGUUUACUGUCAGCCUGCAGAGGGAAGUCCAGCCAAUCACUGUCAGCUCACCUGCUCCAGGCCACCUGGACUGAGACAGCUCUCCAUGGACGGCUCUGAAGAUGACCCGACCAUCUUCAGCACCCACUGUCUGCCCAGUGACUCCAGGCUCUGGGCCACUGUAACCAACUCCUACCUAGGUACACGUGUGUAUCAUGACACCAUACAUGUAAACGGUGUGUACAACGGAGCUGGAGGGGGCUCUCACCGGGCAAUUCUGCCCAGCCCCCUCAAUGUCCAGUUAGAAGCCCCUGAAGGAACAGAACAGCUGACAGAGACCUUUACCCUGGACACCAACACAGGUUCCUUCCUGCACACCCUGGAAGGCCCCAGCUUCCGGGCUUCCCAAUGCAUCUAUGCUCACCGUGUGUUACCCCACGUACUGGCCUUCAGCGUGUCCAUUGAACGCCUGACCACAGGGAACAAGCCCAUCACAGUGCUGCUACAGGUGGCCUUUUCCCCAGAAAGCCCAGACCUGGACCUGCAUGUGGGGCCUGACUUCCAGGGAGGCCGGUACCUGCACGGCCACACCCUCACCCCUGAGCAGCCAGGAGAACCUCAGCAGGAAAUACAUAUGCUGUGGUUGCCAGUUCCUCCAGCUCUGACCCUUGGGGAAGAUGAGAAGGACAGGACCUGGGACUUUCUGACUGUGGUGGGCGGCAGCCAGGCUGAGGCCCAGGGAUGCUUUGCUGAGGCCCUGCAGCUGCAGACCAGGGGUGUUCUGUAUAUGGCCCAUGCAGACGCCUGGGCCCAGCUCUGGGCAAGCUGUGGCCUGGAUGUGGCUGGGCCCCUGCCCCUACACCAGGCCCUUCGUGGCUCCCUCUACUACCUGCUCAGUGAGCUUCCCCAGCCUGGCACCCAAGGAUUCAUCAGCCAUGGGCUUAGCCCUGGAGGCCUCUCCAAUGGGAGUCAGGAGGAAUGCUACUGGGGCCAUGUCUUCUGGGACCAGGGAGCCAAGUUUGCUUGGGAGAGUGCAAGCACUGGCCUAGAGGUCUGCCCUGAGGACAUUUACGGGACCCAGGAGAUCCACGUCAAUGGCGCCGUGGUGCUGGCCUUCCAGCUGUACUUCCACUGCACUCAGGACCUGCAGCUCUUCCGAGAGGCUGGUGGCUGGGAUGUGGUCAGUGCUGUGGCUGAGUUUUGGUGCAGCCGGGUAGAAUGGAGCCCCCAGGACAAGAUGUACCACCUGAAAGGAGUCAUGCCCCCCGAUGAGUACCACUCAGGAGUCAACAACUCUGUGUACACCAAUGUCCUGGUCCAGAACAGCCUGCGCUUUGCCGCUGCAUUGGCCAAGGACUUGGGUUUGCCUGUCCCCAACCAGUGGCUGGAGGUGGCUGACAGGAUCAAGGUGCCAUUUGACUCUGAGCAGAACUUCCACCCCGAGUUUGAUGGCUAUGAACGUGGAGAAGAAGUGAAGCAGGCGGACGUUGUACUCCUGGGAUACCCAGUCCCCUUUCCCCUGAGACCUGACAUCCGAAAGAAAAAUUUGGAGAUUUAUGAGGCCGUGACAUCUCCCCAGGGCCCUGCCAUGACCUGGAGCAUGUUUGCCGUGGGCUGGAUGGAACUGAAGGACCCCUCAAAGGCCCAGGUCCUCCUGAACCGGAGUUUCACCAAUGUCACUGAGCCCUUCAAGGUGUGGACCGAGAAUGAAGAUGGGUCUGGCGCAGUGAACUUCCUGACAGGCAUGGGGGGCUUCUUACAGGCAGCACUCUUCGGGUUCACGGGGUUCAGGAUCACUGAGGCAGGUGUGACCUUUGACCCCCUGUGUCCAGACCUGGUCUCCAGAGUAUCUGUCUCUGGUAUCUCCUACCUGGGGAACAAGCUCAACUUCACCUUUUCCAAGGAAUUGGUGACACUUGAGGUCACAACCCGUGCAGAGCCCUGGGCGCCCCUGCUAGAAGCUGAGCUGUGGCCAUCGAUGGCCCAGCUCCCUCUGCCACCAGGGCACAAGGUCUCCUUUCCCUACUCAGCUGGCCGGAUACAAAGGUCAUCCCCCAUAGCUGCCCAGAAGCUCCAGCUCUCCAGUGUUUCCUGAUAGGAGUUUUGACAUUAGAACUUCCUUUCAGUACCUGGGCCCUCAGCUGCAUCUCCAACCCCACAGUCUCUCAAUCUGGAUCCUACCCUGAACCAUUAAGUCUCUGGGGUGUUCCUUCGGCACCUUCCCCCUCCUCCUACUCUCCUCACCCUCUCCAGUCCUGGACCAUGUAGUUAGAGCCUCAUACACUCUUCACUUUGGGGCUGAUCCCAGCUCUCUACUCCUUAAAUCCCCACCUUGCUGUCUCCUUAGGCCUUAACUUCCUUUUUCAUCUCUGGUUUCUGGAAUACUCUGGUCAAAGGACUGGGUGGGAAAUGGCCAGCAGCUCUGCUGAGAAGGUGGACAGCAAGUGGGUCAUGGAGUCAGGGGCUCAGCUAGUCCAAACAAGAGCUUCCUGUGGCAUGCAUUUGGCACCAGGUGGGGCUAGCCAAGUGCCCAAGGGUUUCUGGCUUUGAACUUCUAAAUUCUUUGACUCCUCUUGACGUCAGAUGGUGUCUAGCAAAGUGGGCUAGGUUAAGAGCUAUCCUUAACCAUGCAGCCUGUGAGAAGGAAGGCAGUGCUCUCAGAGGACAAGGUAGAUGGACAUGGGACUGGCGACCAGAGGAACUGGAGUCAGAUGGACAGGGUUCCAGGCCAUAGUCCUAGCCAUCGGCGUGGCGAGGCUACGCAGGCUUCCCUCCUGGUAGACUAUCAGUGUUUCCCCAGAAUAAGGUGCACAGCAUAGGACCAAGAUCCUGGUAGAAUCUGUGCCCCUCUACCACGCCAACUUGGCUAAUUAAAGUCAGUGCUGGCAAGAGCUCCUGAA